CUUCCCCGGCCUGACAUGGGGCUGGUCCCCACACCCGGCGUCUGGCCACUGUGUGCUCACUGGAGCCCGAGCCCCCAUUUCUGCCCCUGUGCACUGAGCACUGGGUGCCCACUCACCCCCGGGGCUGCUCUCAGGGCCGUGUUCAGAGCCCCCAGGUGGGCACAACUCCACAGCUGGCAAUGCCAUCUGGCCCUGGCCUCCUCGCCCCAUGCACGGCACAUCCCGGAUCCCUCCUCUAUCCGGCCCCUGCUUCUCACCGAGGAGGAAGCCAGACCCAGACGGGACUCAGGAGAAACUGAGUCACACGGCAGGUCACGGCAGGACUCGCCAAGCCCUAGCCUCCUGCCUGACCCUGUGCCUAGAGGGGUCUCAGGCCUUUCUCCUCCUGGUAUCUGCCCCCACCCACCAAGGUCCAGGGCUCCCCAUGCCCCAAAUCCCCCAUGCCCAGUGCCGCCCAUGCCCAGUGCCCUGAGGCUGCCCUGCCUGCAGUUUGUGAAGGUGCCAAGCAGCGUGGCCCCCUCCCAGCUCUUCAACCUCCUGCUGGCGGAGUGGCACCUGCCCACCCCCAACCUCGUGGUGUCUCUGGUGGGCGAGGAGCGGCCCUUUGCCAUGAAGUCCUGGCUGCGGGACAUCCUGUGCAAGGGGCUGGUGAAGGCAGCUCAGAGCACGGGCGCCUGGAUCCUGACCAGCGCACUCCGUGUGGGCCUUGCCAGGCACAUCGGGCAGGCUGUGCGUGACCACUCACUGGCCAGCACAUCCUCCAAGGCCCGGGUGGUGGCCAUCGGCAUCACUUCCCUGGGCCGAGUCCUGCACCGCCAGCUUCUGGACGAUGCUCAGGAGGACAGCCCCGCCAUCCACUACCCGACCCAUGGGCGCAGCAGCCAGGGCCCCACCUGCUCCCUGGACAGCAACCACGCCUACUUCAUCCUGGUGCAGCCGGGCCCCCCAGGGCAGGGGGACGGCCUGACAGAGCUGCAGCUCCGGCUGGAGAAGCACGUCUCGGAGCAGAGGACCGGCUACGGGGGUUCAGUCAGGAGGCACCUUGGGAGGUUGAGGGGGCCCUACGAGGCGAUCUGCCAAAACUCCUGCCACACGGCAGACCCCCAGGUCAGGGCUUCACAUUCUGGAAGUCUCAUUUCCAGUUUGCUUGGGGAAGACCUCCGCCAGCGGCAUUCCUCUGCCUCUGUGGUCUGGCCCGUGCGUGGGCCUCAGCUGGCCCAGAGGCGCAGCCCAGAGCACGUCCGCCUCUAG